UAUUUAUCUAGUAAUAAAUAACUUAUCAGUGAGAUUUAGAAACUUAUCUAAGUUUGUACAUACAUUCAAGUGUGUUAAAAUGGACAUAAUAAACUGAGCUAAUAAUACUAUAUAGUUGUAAUUUUUGAGUGGGAUGAGCAUCAUUGGCAAUUUCCUAAGCUUAACAUAUUAAUUAAAGUUUCGAAUGAAUGUGAUUAGAACUGAAUGCAUAUGCACCAACUAAUCAAGUGGGUUUUACUAUAUUUAAGAAGCCCUGAAGACUAUUCUGUGAUCAUAUAGAAAUUCUACCCUGCCUCGUUGUCUCUCACCUGCUUUUUCACAGUUCUGUCCAUGUACAUUUUAAAAAAGACAAAAAAAGCAAUAGGAAAUAUUGUCAGCGGUGUGUUCCUGUAAAAUAAACAAAAUGGGACCUAUUUAAUCAGUUCCUGGGACAAUUCAGGAAGUUCAGGAAGAAGUCAGCAUGACUCACUAGGAAGCUUGACAGUUAAGAUACCUUCUAAAAAUGGAAAGUGUAUCAUAAGAAAGGAAAAAAGGGGAGGGGGGAAUGUUAAUGUGAUAAUAAAGAAUUCCAAAACUAUAAGCUAAUUAUGGGACUGUCAGGCUUCCAAGUAAUGAAACCCAUUCAAAAAGAAGUAAACAAAGACUCAACAAGGACAAUAUGACAAAAAGAAAAACUAGGUAUAAUGAAGAUUUUUUAAAAGAUGUAUUUGAAGCAAUAAACCAGCCGAUGCCACUAAAUUACAAAAAAGUAAAAAGAGAAUCAAAAAGGAUAUGGCAAUUGCAGAAAAACUGAAUUAAUACUGUCAAAGAUAAGGACAGAAGUGUGUAAUAUAAUCUGUGGAUGACAUUGGGGGACAAGAACAAGAAAUGCCACCUACAGAACUACCAGACAAGAGGAAGGAGCCUGCAGUUACUUAAUGGUCAGAGAAAGUAGCUUAGAAAGAACCUGACCUAACUAAUCAGACAGCUAAAAGUGAUCCCAAGGAGCCCGCAGAAAGUGAAGAGGUUGAAUCGCUGAAGGAAAACUGGAUCUCAAACAACAGGUUUAUGAAUAAACAUUGGAACAGGAUGCUGUCCCUUAAGGAGAAACCCCAGAAUAGCACCUUGGAAGAAAGUCUGAGCACAAGUGAAACAAAAUGGCCAUGGGAAGAUGCUAUGAAAGAUAAAGUUGCUUUUCAGGAAAUGUUUCAUGAGGCAGAGCUGGCAGUUAAGUCAGCAGAAAUGUUUUUGCCAUCGUUUAAAGAAAGUCUUGUUAGAAUUACAAAAGCUUGUUGUAUUUCUGCUUCUGAUGAAAUAACAAUUUCUAUGCAAGAGGACUUACUGAUAAAUGAGUUAGAAGCUAUCCAAAAAAUGAAGGAAUUGUUAAGCUGGCUAUUAAGGUCAAGCAAGGAAAAAGAAAUUGUCAGUAAAGAGACAAAAGAUUUGGAUCAGAGUUUAUCAGAAAGUAAAAUGGAUAUUGAAAGCCUCAGAAAUGAAGUGAUUCAAAAAGAGAAGCAUAUUUUAGAUCUUUCAGUUCAGCUUCAGCAAGAAAAAGCUAAUGUACAAAAAACAUACCGCCAUUCUGAAGCAAUACAAACAGUACAAAUUCAUCUACAAUCUCAGGUAGAGAAAAAAGAGGAAGAAAAUAAUCAACUAAGAGCAAAAUUUCAGACGAUGGAGAAGAAUAUUGCUGAAUGGAAGAGACAAGUUGGUGAAUAUAAGCAGAACAUUUUGGCUGAAAAGAAAAGAAAAGUGGAACGGAGGAAUGCCCUGAAAAGAGCAGUUGUUGUUCAGAAACAAAGAGCUGAAAACAUGAAAGUGGUUGUUGAAAACCUCUUUUCAAAAAUUAAGGAAAAGGAAAUCCAGUUGUCUGAGGUAUUUUCAGCUUCUAAUAUCUGGAAAAGUCAUCACGAGAUCAUAAUAGAGGAAAAAAUCAAGUUAGAAGUCCAGGUUGAAACUCUAAAAAAGCAAACCACAGACCUUGUAAUGGAUCUAAGCAGAAUAGAAGAGGAUGAAAGAAAGUCAGUGAACAAGAUUAUCCAAAAGAUUAAUUUUGUUGCUUCUGAAAAUAAAAAGAUUUCUACCGAAAAUUCAAGGCUAAAGGCAUCCCUAGCCGAUUUGGAAGCAAAUUUUAUUACUGAAGAAGCUGAACUUGAAAAUUUACAUAAACAAGUGCAUCAGCAAGAAGAACUGGUUGAACAGUAUAAAAUUGAGGUGGCAAAAUUAGAAGUGAAAGCUGAAGAAAUGAGAACAAGAUAUGAAAAGAUCAUGCAUGACAGCAGAACUAUAACAGAAGGCAGAGAUUUAGAAAGGGAUGCGAUGAAGAGCCAAACGGAGGCUCACCAGAAGGAGGUAGAAUAUGCCCGUGGCUUACAGAAAGCAGCUGAAGAGAAACUGCAGAAGGAUCAGGGAAGUCUUCUCUCCUGCCAAAAGAGCUGCGUAGAAAAAUCCAAAGCCAUUAGGGAGCUGCAGGCUCAGAUAAAUCAUAGCGAUGAAUUUUUGAAACAACUUUCUUUGGAGGAGGAAAAUUACAACAUUCAGCUAAAAUAUGAGGAAGUUAAAAGAAAGCUAGAAGAAAUUGAAUUGCAAAACAAAGAACUGGAAAAUCAGUUGGUGAAUCAAGAAGACAGCCUUCAGAAAACCGAAUUGCAGUUUAAACAGAAACUUACAGAAUAUGAUGCUUUAGCAAGACAGCUAGAAGCUGCUUUGGAAGAUGGAAGGAAACAGUUAACAGAGGAACUAGGAAAAAUCAAUUCUAAGGAGCAAUCUUUUCAGUUGAAAAUAUUGGAUCUAGAAAAUGAAUUAAGAGAAAAGAAAAAAGAAAAGAAAGAGCUAUCCAAAAGACUGGAAAAUCGAGAUAAACGUCAUGAAGUGUCUUUAAAGGAACUGGAACACAGUCUUCAAAGAUCAGAAAACCAAAACCAAAGUAUCCAAAACUAUGUAAAGUUUUUGAAAGCCUCCUAUGUAACAAUGUUUAGCUAAAUUUCCUUGUGUGUUUUUUUCACAAACUAAAGUAUAUUUGGGACAGAUUUUUGUCUGUGUUUAUAGCAUUGGAACUGAUUGUGUUUAGGUUCUUUUCCCCUGUGUUCCCCAAAAUUAAUCCUUUUUGUUAAUAGCUAAUAUCUGGCUUGAAAAUAACACUCAAAUACUCCUGUCAAGUUGGGGAGAGAUUCACAUGGAAUAUCACAAAUUCAAUCCUGGAUCCUAUGGUUUAUCAAUAUUUUUUACUUAAUGACCAGGAUGAAAAAGUGGCAGGAAUGUUUAUCAGAUCAUCAGAUGACACAAAAAUGGAUGUGAUACUUAUUAUUAUUUAUUUUAUGUAGUGAGUAUCCAAUCUAAAUGAUUCUAUGAAGCUUUAAAAGCAAGAAGAAUAAAAAUAAGAAACACAUCUCUACCCAUACCAACAUCAAACAGCACCAAUUCGACUGGAGCAAUACAAAAAUCAUCGGCCACGCUACCACCCGCCGUGCUUGUGAGUUCAUUGAAGCCUGACACUCCACAAGCAAUUCCAUCAACUGACUCAUUGACCUACAACCAGCCUACAAACCCCUCAGAAUCCAAAUCAGCCACACAGCCAACCAGAUACAGCACUGUGUCUCAACCACGCAACCCAUCCACCAACAGUUCACCCUGUAAUGACCUUCACCUGAUGUAACCUACCCAUCACAAGUCUCACUGAUGACUCUCACGUGACACAUCACAAGACCCUCACUUGACACACCCACACCUGAAGCCUUUAUAAGCAGAAGAUCAUUGACACUGACAUCCCCCAAACUCCGCUGAAGAUGUUACCUGGCCUGGUCAUGAAACAUUCAGAAACAUAAACUUUAGAACAAUUUUCCUAGAUAAAUGAGUUGAAAGUAACACUAAAAUUUAAGGGAGACAAAUGUAUAGUUGUUCACUUACAAACAGUAAUCCAAUGCAGAAGUAAAAAAAAAAAGUGGAGGUAUUCCUGGCUGGCUAAUAGUUAAUGUGAAAAAAAAAUCUUGGAAUACAGUAAUUGUUGACUGCAGUGUGAAACAAUUGCAAAGGAAGCAAAUGCAAUUCUAGGCUGUAUCAACCAAAGCAUUAUUUCUAAGUCAGUAAUAAAUUUGCUUUGCAUUGUUGAGACUCCCAAGUAAUAAAUCCAAUGUUGGGCACCAUCGUUUAAAGAAGGAUCACAAUGGAACAGGUUCAGAGAAGGAUGAGGAUAAUCAGGGAUGAGAUAUCUAAAGACAGAUUGAAAGACCUGAUACAUUUAGCCUUAAGAAAAGUAAACUGAGGAA